CCACUCCCUCAAUUCACGAUUACUCCUCGUCUAGUCCUUCUCUCCAUUGAUGAACACAGGUUGCACACACACAGAACUCACUCACUACUCACUCCCUCUCUCUCUCACGCACGGCGUCGGCCACCGCCGGGGUCUCUCUCUCAGGCACGGUGCAGUUGGGGCUACUGUGUGUCUUGAAAAUUAUAGAGAUGGGAACCAAUGAUUUUCAGAAGAAAAAAAGGAAAAAUAACAAGCUUACCGAGCUUUCCCAAGAAGAUAGAAAAUUAAACAAAAUUGUUGCCGAACCUAAAGAGGACCAACAUUCAGAGAAGAGAAAAAGGAAGAAGGAACAUAAUGUUGGUGUUGGCAACUUUGUUCAAUUUCCUUUUGAUGACGAUACUUCAAUAAGAAAAGGGAAAAAGAAGAAAGGUGAGAAAUCAGCAAGGAAGGGAAAAGUGAAGAAUGCAGAGAACAACAAUGCUUUGAUUGAAAACAAUGAGCAAAUUGAUUGCGAGCCUGCUGACGAUUUAAAUGAACAUGGUAUUUCUUCUUUAGUAGGUAGGUCAAAGAAAGCUUUGAAGAAGAAAAAAUAUCAAAAUUCUUCUAAGGAAGAUGACUCUGCACAGGAUAAAUUAGAAGAUGCUCACAAUGAGGUUUGCCAUGCCCCGUCAACAGAUGAACCCUUUUUGAAAAGGAAGAAAGGCAGGUCAAAGGAAGCAAAGAAAAACAAAAAGAAGCAGAUAGAUCAUGAUUCAUCAAAAGAGUUGAAGUCACUGGAAAAGGAAGAAACAGCUAUUGAAGAUGAUGUUUAUCUUAUCUCUUCGGGGGAUGAGGACUGUUCCAAAGGAAUGAAAAAAUGGAUUACGAAGUACCAUCAGAGUCGACCAGGGUUGACCAUACUUCAAGAAAGAAUAGAUGAGUUUAUUACUACUCAUGAGGCACAAUUGGAAGAGGAAAGAAAAGAAAGAGAAGCUCGUGUUGCCGAAGGAGGAUGGACAGUUGUUACCCAUCAUAAAGGAAGGAAAAAGACGACCGAUGCUGAAAGUGGAAUCACAGUAGGUUCUGUUGCCCAAGCUGUUGCAGAUAACAAGUUGGCCAAGAAGAAAACCAAUGAAGUUGGUCUUGACUUCUACCGCUUCCAAAGAAAAGAAUCCCAGAGGAAUGAGAUUAUGAUGCUCCAGAGCAAAUUUGAGCAGGACAAAAAGAAAAUACAACAGCUCAGAGCAGCUAGGAAGUUCCGGCCUUACUGAGUUCUGUCUAUACUUUCCUAAUUGGAAUUCAAUGAUUUUGUGAUCUAAAGUCUAAACCAAAAUUUUGACAUGUAAUAACUCUCCUUUGUAGAAUAACAAUUUUUGGAUGCAAAUUGUGGUUUUCUAGUUCAAUGUAUCUUCGUAUUGAUACGAGGAGUAAUGUUAC